AUGCCUCGCUCAUAUCGCGACCUGGAAGAGGAAGACACAAGCCGACAUGUACCGGAACCAACAGCGUCUUCAUCGUCAUCGUCAUCGAAUACCGAAGGGUCUAUUAAAAGUGAGGAUGAAACUAUACUGGUGAACGCAUCCGCUGGUGAAACAGGCAGCAAACCGGCAAAAUCGGCUGGUGGUCCUCGAGCCCUUACUGCGGAGGAGACGAUCCAACUUGCACGUCGAGCGGUAGAUAAUGGGAUUCAGGAAACGAAGCGCUCCCUGGCAGGAAGUGAGGCAGUCGGUGACGUCGUGAAGCCCAAGUUGACUAUCGAUUUGGGUCACUCGAAUAUCGAUCGCAUCCCGGAGCCGGUUGUGGAUGUCAUUAAGGAUGAAGUAGAACGGCUUUCGCUAUGGAAUAAUCAACUGGUCCAUAUACCAUAUCGUUUUGCAGAGUGCUCUCAUCUUCGGUAUCUUAACGUCAGAGCCAAUAACUUCCGUGAAUUCCCCAAAGGAGUGAUCAAGUUGCCGCUCCUUGAAAUAUUGGAUUUAAGUCGCAACAAAAUCAGCCAGCUACCGGAGGAAAUCAAGAAACUGACGUCUCUUCGGGUUCUGUCAGUGAUGCAGAACAGUCUUAAAGACCUACCACUUGGUGUAUCCGAUAUGAGCAAACUUCAAAUUCUGAAAGUGGCGGGGAAUCCACUGCGAUAUCCCCUCCGGAAGGUAUUGGAAACUUCUGAGAACGAAAUUACAUCGUCGGCGGUGUCCGAUAAUGAGAAGGAGGUUGCCUUGACAGCUGAGCUUAAAAGAUUCCUCAAGACGCGGCAACCUGCUACCCCCCAAGACUUUGAAAAAAACAACGAAAGUGAUGGAGUAUUGGAUACACCGAAGCCCGUCAAACGGGGAGUGAGUAGUCGCUUCCCAGUUAUCCCCAGCACAGGUGAUAGUGCCUCUGAUCCCAAAUCGCCUUCACUAUCCCGACCACCUCCUAUUCCCCUCAGGUCCCAUUAUCGCAUUGCCUCCGGACAUUCUGGUGCCCUGCGCAGUGGCCUCCAGAGACCAGGUCCCAUCCCUGGAGCCAAUGAGCGCAAUCGAAGCAACAGCGAGGGCAUUAUACAAGCCUCCUUUGCAACACGGUCUAAGCGAAUGGGGGUCAUUAGCCGGAAAAAUACCGACCUGGGUACGUUAAAUGAAAUGCGGCCAUACCGCAACAGCCAUCUCCGUGGCCUCAGCUAUGGGUCUAUCCUCCGGACAAGGCCAUCUAUUAGCAACUCCUCUAGCCCUAGUAGCCCUAGGGAGCGCAGACGACCUAGAGACGGAUUUGUGAAUCGGAUGUCGAGUUUGCCAGAGCAUAAAGGCGAAUGGGAAACAGGAGACCCUAUUAUCAAAUGUGCCAAGGGAAUACUUUUCGCCCUCUUCCAAGUCCAGUCCCAUGUGUACGCCCUGAUUAAUGUUAUUAAACGAGACGAUGACCGACGAAACAGCCUUGAAAUUGUUUUCUACAAUGCCUCUACGCAUGUGGAAAGGCUCAACGAGGCGCUUGAAAACGCAGAAGGUUCACAAGCCCACGAUGCGGAGCCAAUACGGCUGACCUACGAGGCCGUGAAGAGGGAAUGUGAGACAUGUAUCAUGGCAUACUCUCACGUAGGAACACAACUGCGCAACAGCCUUGACAGGAUUGUUGCUAACGGUGACUCUCGCUACAUUCGCUCCCUGAUGCUCAUGAUAUUUGGUAGCGUCGUGGAGCUUCGCAACGCUUGCGCGGGUCUAGACAUUCCUGUUGGAACGCAUACGCAAGCUACAGGAAAACCAUCAGUACCUGAAAUUAGCAAAGAGUUUGCAGGGUCUGACAGGUUCCCUGGUCCAACAGUCACUCCAACCCGGGGAAGAGAACCGUCGUUUUCCAGCCGCCGGCUCCGAAGUGAUACGACGAUUCUUCAUCCUCAGAUCAACACGAAUGGGCCCCUCCCAUCAUCGGCCACUUAUCAAUCCGCCGUUAGCUCUCCAGGGGUUGCCUCUACCCCGUUCAGCUAUGACGCGAGGAGCCGCUCAAGCAGUAGGUCGAACCAAAUCAACACCUCUGUUCCCUCGUCUCUUGCCACACCUCGGUCAGGCGAAUCGUUUCCUCCAAUGCCCACCUCAGUGGUACCGAGAAUAAACCCCUUGACCGGCUUAGAUGAGAUAGAAGAGGAACGAAUAUUUGAAAAAAUCUUCUGCCAGCUUACAGCUGCCUACACCGCCGCCCUUCAAGCACUACCUCAUGCCCGCCGCCACUUCACGCGAAACCUCGAGGUUGCGGAACAAAGCCAAGAGUACGAAGAUAUCCGGAUGCUGUGGAACAAUCUCAUUCGUCGCUGCCGCGUGUGCCUGGAGGUAUCUGAAGCCCUCGGGCUUCGCCUUUCCAAUAUGAAAAUAAAGGAGCCGGGCGGUGGGAUUCGAAACCAGCGAGAAUUUUGGCAGCUGUGCAAAACCUUCAUGCACUCUUUUGUCGAAUUAGUGACCGACAUGCGCGAAGUGCGGAGUAUGCACCUACUCCCACCCGAGGUGAUUGUCAUCCUUCGACCAGUCCAAAAGGCAAGCAGAGAAGCGGGACGGCUGAUCGAGGCAUCGCCAUGGUCAUAUCUUGCAGACAUGGCUCCUGGGAAUGGCCCGCCGGCCAUAUAUGGACCGCCCCUGCCCUCCCAAAACCCACACCAUCAAAACCCGCACCAUCCUCAGCUCAACACAAGCUUAUCACCGUCCAUUGCCCUCCCUGCAACACCCCUGAGCGCCGCUCUUGGACCAGCUGCGCAGGCAACCGUACCUUCGACUCCUGCAAGUGCAUACAGCGACAAAUUUUUCGAAGGAGAUGUAUUCCAACGGGCCGACUCCUUGCUUUCAAUGCCAAACCAGGCUCCAUUUUUCACUCGAAGAUAA